AAACAGCAGAGCAAGAAACAGCAGAGCAGGAAACCACAGAGCAAGAAACAGCAGAGCAAGAAACAGCAGAACAGGAAACCACAGAGCAGCAGACAGCAGAGCAAGAAACAGCAGAGGCAUCAUCCCUCCCAGACCAGCAGCCCAGACGUGGCCCAAAGAAUUAGGCUUUAUGUGGAGCAGCAUCUUACCGUUGCAGUUUUAAAAAUGAAUGGACCACUAUGUGGCCAUUCAUAACUAAAGGCAGCCUGAAUACACACUACUGGUGCUCAGUAUGCCGGGUUGAGAACACCUGUUGCCACCAGGGUGUGGCUGAUGUGGUGCGCCACAUUAAAACUAAAAGCCACCAGGACAAGCAAAGAGCCCUAUAGUCCACUGCCUCAAUAACAAAUUAUGCUGUGUCUGCUCCCCUUGUUGGGGGGAUGUCUGAACAAGAGGUCAAGACAAGGAGGGCUGAAGUGAAACUGACUGCCACAUUAAUUCAGCACAACAUUCCCCUUGCUUUUGCUGCUCACCUGGCACAGACACUGCGGGAGUGCUUCAAAGACUCCAAAACAGUACAAGACUACAAGUGUGCUCGGACUAAAUCGUCAUGUAUCGUGAAUGGCGCAUUGGCCCCAUAUUUCAUGGAUGAGCUGGUGGAAAAAAUGAAAAUGGCACCUUACACACUAAUUACCGAUGGCUCUAAUGAUACAGGAUCAGAGAAAGAUGAACCCACUAACUGUCCGUAUAUUUCUGGGAAGCAAAGUUGUCCAUCAGUUUCUUGGGAUGUUCACCACCAGUGGCACAACAUGUGGGACAGCGGAGAUCGUCUUUGCAAAAAUAAAUGCCACCCUGGAAGAAAAGGGUAUUCCUUGGAGUUGUUGUGUGGGUCUGUCAGUGGACAAUGCUGCUGUAAAUACUGGUUCACGCAACUCCGUUGCCUCUAGAGUCCGGGAGAAGCACCCAAAUGUCUACGUCCAUGGCUGCCCAUGUCAUGUGGUUCACAACACUGCAAAAUCUGCCGGGGCAGAUUUUUGUGAUGUGUCCAGUUUUGAUUGGGAGGACUUCGCAACUGAUGUUGGCCUAUGGUUCAAGGGCAGCACAAACCGAAAAGGGUACUUGACAGAGUUUUGUGAGCUCCAUGAAUUGCAGUACAUGGAGGUCCUCAUGCAUGUUGCGGUUCGUUGGUUGAGUCUUGAGGUCUGUGUAACUCGGAUCCUGAGACUGUACGACCAUCUGGCCAGCUACUUCAAAUCUGCUGAUGAAAGUCACCCGAGGUUCAGGAGGCUUCGGGCAGCAUUUAGUGACCCCAUGACUGAGGUUUACCUACUGUUCCUCCAGGCGUGCUUACCAACAUUCACCACCUUCAAUCUCCUCCUUCAGCGGGAGCAGCCCUCAAUUCAUUUGUUACAUGAUGAGAUGCAGAAAUUCAUUCGCAAGCUGUGUUCAAAAUUCAUGGUACCAACAGCACUGCAGGACUGUGAGCAGGCUUUGGAAAUUUCCUUCAAAGAAAAGGCAACCCAUUUACCAGGAAGAAAGCUGAACAUUGGCCUCACCACCAGGGGAAAGGUCAACAAGCUAUUGGAAGAAGGCAACAUCACCCCACAACAUGUGGAGAAAUUUCAUGAGGCGGCAUUGGCGUUUCUGACUACUGCUGUGGCCUAUGCCUUGCAGAAACUUCCCUUCAAGGAGCCCCUACUGCAGCACGCCAAAUUUGUGGAUGUUCGUCAGAGGUCCGAAUAUGACAUCCAAGAUGUCCAUUACUUUGUUGAGAGGUUUCCCCACCUGCUGCCAUACCAUGGGCUGGGGGAGCAGGAUCUACUGGCUGAAGAAUUCCUUGAGUACCAAACCAUGCCAUUGCCACCUCUGCAGCCCCCAGAGGAGCUUGAAAUGGAAAGAUUCUGGUUUGAAAUGGCUACCCGGAAAAAUAAGGUGACAGAAGUAAGAGAGUUUCCUAGGCUUUCUGCUGUUGCAAAGCUUGUCCUCAUUCUGCCACACUCCAACACGGAUGCUGAGAGGGUCUUUUCUGCGGUGGGCCUGAACAAGACAAAGACGAGAAACAGCUUGGCUCUAGAUGGCACCCUCUCGUCAAUCAUGGCCAUAAAGAUGGCUGAUUUGGAGCCCUGCUUCAGAUGGGAGCCCCCACCCAGUGUCAUCAAGGCCUCCAAGAAGGCCACAGGCCAGUAUAAUCAGGAACAUAAAACCUGA